AAUAAAAAAACAAAAAAAAAACGAGACAGCCACCUUCGUCUCUCUCUCUCUCUUCCAUACAAUUGGGUUUUGCUCGGAAUUGUCUCUUCGCCACGGUUCACGUACGGACGGGACCGUACAACAACCGCACCUCCCCGACAAGGGUUUGGUAUCUCUGCUUCUAGAUAGAUAAGGAGUAGAGAGGCAAGUAUGAUGGAUUCUCGAGGAAUUGUGGCUGUGGAGAAAAAUGUUUCGAGUAAAGCAAUUCGAAAGAAGGUGAAGAACGCUUUUUCCAUAGCGUUAAAGAGAUACAAGAUUGAUAAUUAUAUCUUACUGGACUUUGAUAAGGUAUUAAAUGAUGUCUACGGCUCUUUUCGACCGGUUUCUGCUGAUUACGAAACUAGGAAGGAAUUGGUGAAAAACCUUAAUGCUAUGGCUGUAGAUAUUUAUGGUAAUUCAGAGGAGAGCAGCCCUGUCCUUGAGGCGUAUGGGUCUUUUGUGAUGGAUAUGUAUACCCCUCAGAGUGAUUUGGAUGUGUCUAUUAACUUUGGUAAUGGAACAUCUGAACUUCCUCGUGAAAAGAAGCUCCAGAUACUUAAAAGAUUUACAAGAAAGCUCCGCAUUUUGGAAGGAGAAGGGCAUGUUCGGAAUGUUGUGUCUAUUGUCACUGCUAAGGUGCCAAUUGUCAAAUUCUGUGAUCAAGGGACUGCUGUUGAAUGUGAUUUGUCAGUCGAAAACAAAGACGGCAUUUUAAAUUCACAGAUCAUUCGCAUUGUAUCUCAAAUUGAUGGCAGGUUUCAAAAACUUUGUAUGCUGGUAAAGCAUUGGGCCAAAGCACAUGAAGUUAACAGUGCGCUACACAGAACCUUGAACUCUGUAUCUAUAACAUUGCUAGUCGCUCUUCAUUUACAGACUCAAAAUCCUCCCAUUUUACCUCCCUUCUCUAUGCUAUUUAAAGAUGGAAUUGAUCCUCUGAAGGUGGAGAAAAGAACGCAAAACUUCUUAAACUGGGGACAGCGUAAUCAAGAAUCGGUGGCUAAACUGUUUGCGACUUUUUUUAUUAAGUUGCAAUCUGUAGAAUUCCUUUGGAGGCAAGGGCUCUGCGUCAGUGUGCUGAAUGGUCUUUGGAUAUCAAAAAAGUGGAAAAAAGUUGGCGCUGGGUUUAUUAGUGUUGAAGAUUUUACAGACGUGUCUCAAAAUGCUGCAAGGCGGGUUAAUGGCCUAGGAGCCAAAAAGAUAUACAGCUCCAUAGACAGAACAGUCGAAGACAUAUUUGAAUUCCUUAAUGACAAGGUCUCUGGAACAGAUCUCAGACACAAGUUAUUUGGCCAAGGACCUGUUGUACAGCAUCCUCCAGUGGCGCCACUCAAUGGCAAUAUCGCUGGAAGAUAUCUUAAACGCAGGAAGCUUGGCGAGCAAGCGGUUGUGCAGCCUGGUCCUCCUGUGCCGACACCACUCAAUGGCAAGAUUGCUGGAACACAUCUCAAACAAAAGGUGUGUAGCCAACAAGCUGUUGUGAAAUUUCCUCCCCCUGUGCCCUCACUUAACGGCAAUAUUGCUGAAAGACAUCUUAAACGCAAGAUGUUUGGCCAGCAAGCUGUUGUGCAGCCUCGUCCUCCUGUGCCACCACCCAAUGGUAAUCUCAGAGAUAGGUUGUUUGGUCAACAAGCUGUUUUGCAGCCUCUUCCUCCUAUGCUGCCACUGAAUGAAAAUAUGGCUGGAAGACUUCGUAGAGACAGGUUGUUUGGCCAGCAAGCAGUUAUGGAGCCUCGUCCUUCUGUGCUGCCAUACAAUGGCAAUAUCGCUGGAACACAUCUUAGUGAUAGGUUGUUGGGCCAGCAAGCAGUUGUGGAGCCUCGUCCUUCUGAAGUGCUGCCAUUCAAUGGCAAUAUCGCUGGAACACAUCUUAGUGAUAGGUUUUUUGGCCAACAUUCAGUUGUGGAGCAUCCUUCUCCUGUGCCGUCACUCCAUGUUUACCCACAUGAACCUCAGAACAACUACAGAAACGGGUUCAGCGCUCUUCAUGAAAUACAUUACAACAAAAGAGUUUGCAUGGGAAACGGCAACAGAGCUGAAGAAGAAACAGGUCACAGGAGAGAGGAAGAGGGUUAUGAUGAUCUCAUAGAAAAGCGAAACAGGUAUAUCGGAUACUAUAAUGGGCUUAAAGAAUUUAAUGAAGCUCCUCUGUUUGGAAACCAUAUUAAGCCUUUAGAUGAUACUUAUAGACGAGUUCCCUUGAACGGAGAACCAAAUGGUCAUUUGGUUCACCAUAGGCAUGAUGAUAGGUAUAGGGGUGAAGAAGCAGUGCCUGUGGGACAAUGGCACGGUGAUAGAUAUAGGGGUGAAGAAGCAAUGCCUGUGGGACAGUGGCAUGAUGAUAGAUAUAGGGGUGAAGAACCAAUGCCUGUGGGACAAUGGCACGAGUACGGUGUAAGAACUGGUCCGCCACUGCCAGAGCCACCGCGACCUCCACUGCAUGGUAGAGUUAGUCAUGAGAAUUUCCGUCCUCAAAACCUUCAUCAACCUCAUUUUGGUAGAUCGUUUUACUAGGGUUUUGGUCAGCAAUCACCAACCAUUUUUAAAGAUGAAUAUAAUUUCAUACUAUAUAAUUGGUCGGAAUCAAUUUUAGGGAAGGGGAGAGUACAGGUUUUGGUUACUUCGGUUUAAUUGUGGAGAUGUGGAGCUGAAGUAACUGCAGUUUUGGGUGUGAUAAGAAAGUGUCGUGAGUGUCUGUAUGUUACUGUUUUAUGCUGGAUUCGGUUUAAAUUUGAAUUGGUGGAUUAUAACCAAAUUUGUUUUAUAAGAUUUAAGUGAUAUUGCUACUAGGUGACUUGCCUAAGAUUCAUACAAAUUGCAUUUUUAUGCAAGAUAUGGUAAGAAAUGGAUUUCUUAA